AUGACAUUUCAGAGGAAUAUUAUAACUGAUUACAAGAAAUAUGAGGAACCAUCGAAGAUCUAUCUUGGAGAUAAUAGAGUCGUCAAAGCAUAUGGCGAAGGAAAAGUGAAUCUUGAAUGUAAUGAUGGUGCAGACAACAUUACUUUAAAUUUACAUAAAAUAUUAUUUGUCCCAGAAAUUAAGAAGAAUCUACUAUCAGUACCAGCGAUGACCCAAAUGGAAGCUGAGGUUAUAUUCGACGAUGAAAAAUGUUAUAUAAUCAAGAAUGGGAAGACAAUCAACAUUGGACAUUUGCUCAAAAGCAAGUUAUAUGUUGUAAACACUCAACCAGACUAUGUUAACAUUACAACAACAAAAGUUCCAACACUAAGGGAAUGGCAUUGUAGAUAUGGGCACUUAAACUUUGGAUAUAUCAAUAAAUUGGCACAAGGAAACUUAGUAACUGGUAUGAAAUAUACUAAGGGUGAAACCAGUCAAGAAUGUGAAGCAUGCACAAGAGCAAAGAUGCAUCAAAUACCUGUCCCAAAACAAAGCUCUAAUAGAACGACUCAACUGCUGGAAUUAAUUCACAGUGAUGUAUGCGGACCAAUGAACACUGACUCCAUUGGUGGAAGUAAGUACAUUUUAACAUUUACUGAUGAUUACACUAGAUAUGUAACAGUUUAUUUUCUGAAAAAUAAGUCAGAGGUUUAUGAGAAAUUCCAAGAAUAUGUUAGCAUGGUUGAAAACUUUACUGGGUUGAAAGUAAAAACAUUGCGAACAGACAAUGGUGGAGAAUAUGUUUCUAAUGAUUUCUCCAAAUAUUGUGUAAAUAAAGGAAUUGUACAUCAGUACAGUAAUCCUUACACUCCACAGCAAAAUGGUGUUUCGGAAAGAUUAAAUCGAACACUCAUGGAAUCUGCCAAGUCCAUGAUAUUUCAUGCGAACAUGCCGAUCAACUUUUGGGCAGAAGCUGUCAACACAGCUGUGUACUUACACAAUAGAAGUCCCACUACAUCCCUAAAUAUGAAAACACCUUAUGAACUCUGGUUCAGUAAAAAGCCAGAUGUGUCAAACCUGAAAGUAUUUGGAUCAGUUUGUUUCAUCCAUAUACCCAGCAAUCUACGACGAAAGCUUGACCCUAGAUCGCGAAAAGCUGUAUUUAUUGGGUAUCCACUCGACACAAAGGGUUAUAAACUAUAUGAUAUAGAAUCAAAGAAUUUCGUGCAAAGUAAAGAUGUAGUAUUCUAUGAAAACAAGUUUCAUGAUUUUAAAGUAGUCACUAAAGAGUUAAUCAUACGAGAAGAUGUUCCAGAAGAGAAAUUAAGUGUUGAUCAUGAACAACACCAUGAUGCUGAAGAUCAAGUCCCUGUACCGACUGUACCUGACAUUGAGGACAAAGAAAAUUUGCCAGCAGUGGGAGAAUCAUACGAAGAAAGUUUCAUGAAGCAAGUAGAAAAUCUCGAGACAAAGAGACAGAGAAAAGCACCAAAGAAAUUUAGUCCAGACGAGUGCAAUAUUACUGAAUCCUUGACCGCAGAAAACGAAAAGCCACAAUCAAUAAGUGAAGCCUUGAACGAUGCAAAUGCAAGUAAAUGGAAACAAGCAUUAAAAGAAGAAUACAAUUCACUAAUUAGUAAUGAAACAUGGGAAUUGGUACCACCACCGGAAGGGUGUAAUGUCAUUGGAUCGAAAUGGGUGAUGAAAAUCAAGCGUGAUGCAGAUGGGAAUGUUGACCGACAUAAAGCACGACUUGUUGCUCAGGGAUAUUCACAGACACCCGGAAUCGAUUACGAGGAAGUCUUUUCACCUGUUGCAAGACAUUCCAGUAUAAGAACGCUAUUAGCUUUGGCAAACAAGCACAACGAAAUUCAUCAGAUGGAUGUCAAGACAGCAUUUUUAAAUGGCUACAUAGAACAUGAUAUCUACAUGUCCCAACCGGACGGAUUCGUUGACCAAGAACAUCCAGAAUACGUUUGCAAGCUUAAGAAGAGCUUAUACGGACUUAAGCAAUCAGCGAGGUGUUGGAGCCAAACACUCAAUAGUUUUCUGACGAAAAACGGUUAUAGAAAGAGCAAUGCAGAUAAUUGCAUUUAUGUGAAAUCCAUAAAUUUUGUGAUUUUGGCUGUGUACGUUGAUGACAUAAUUCCUAUCUCAAACGACAUUAACAUGUUAAACGCAGAGAAGGACUUGUUAUGUAAGCAUUUUGAAAUGACGGAUCAAGGAGAAAUUCAUUUUAUACUCGGAAUGACAAUUAAGCGUGAUAGAGAAACCAAAACGCUAUUCAUCAGUCAACAGAAGUAUCUAGAGAGCGUGUUGGACAGAUUUGGUAUGGCUAAUUGCAAACCGAUCUCUACUCCUCUUGAAACAACUUACCAUAAGCGAACGGAAGAAGAAGGAUUUGAUAAGAAUUUUUAUAAUAUAGCAUUUGUAAAUUCUGAACGCUGAGAGCCGUGUUGAUAUAACUCCAUGUCAACACGGGAAAUUUUCCGCCGCUUGUAAACACGGAAAUUUUUCUUAUUCUUCGAGCUUUUGACAUUGCUAUAUUAUAAAACAAAUAUAAAACAUUUUUUCCGUAUUGAUAUACAGUUAUAUCAACACUCGUGGAAGUUGGGAAAACUCAAAAUUGUAUGAAAACACUCCGCCCUUCGGGCGUCGUGUUUCCACACAAUUUCUCGUUUUCCCAAUUUCCACUCGUGUUGAUAUAACUGUAUAUCAACACGGAAAAUGUUUUAUAUUUGUUAAAUAUCAACAGGCUAUAGGAUGUUUGACAUACAUCUCGACAGCGACAAGACCAGACAUUUCUGCUGCAGUUAGUAUAUUGUCUUCAUACAUGUCAAAUCCCAGCAAGGAACAUUGGAAUGGAGUCAAAAGACUUAUAAGAUACAUAAAAGGAACUUUAAAUUUUGGAUUGAAAUUUACAACGAGUGAAAAUGAUGAUGAGAAUGGAGACGAGUUGUAUGGUUAUUCUGACGCCAACUGGGCAGGAGACGUUGAUUCUAGACGUUCAACCUCAGGUUAUGUGUUUAAAGUCGCAAAUAGUACCGUAAGCUGGUGUAGCAAGAAACAAGCGAGUGUGACGAAAUCAACUACCGAAGCGGAAUACGUAGCAUUAAGCCAAGCAACGCAAGAAGUAAUUUGGAUUAGGUGA